CAAUAAAAACAAGCCGCAGCAGCGGCACCCGACGACCCUAUCGCGCUAGCUACGGCCGGGCAGGUGGGCAUGCAUGCACUUGCACCGCAACUCUAGCUUAUUCAGCUAGUGGAUUGCUGCGACUGCGAGCAUGGCGUCUUCAGGUAGCGGCGGUGGCGGUGGCGGCGGCGGCCGCUUAUCAUCGCCACCGGCCGCGGCUCCUCGGGCGGUGGUGGACAACCUGAUCGACGUGCGUGCGCGAGCGGAGAUUCUCCGGAACAUGCUGCAGGGGUCGCCCACGCCGCCGGGCACGCCGGCGGAAACGGCGCCGGCGGGGACCAGCGAGCUGAUAGACGGGAUCAUGAGCAGCCUGUCGAGCGCUCUGUCAGCUCUGGACACCCCCGGCGGCGGUGGCGGCGGCCAGGGACAGGGCCGGAGGAGGAGGAGAGCUGGCGCGGUGGCCGGGUCCGGGCCGCAGCGCCGGAACAUGAGCACCCGGAGAAGAUCGCACAGCCCCUUCUUGAAGACAGUCACUACUAGUACGCUCGAUGAUGGCAAUUCAUGGAGAAAGUACGGGCAGAAACAUAUUCAAGACUCGCCUAACGCAAGGAGCUACUACAGGUGCACGCACAAGCCAGACCAAGGGUGCAGGGCGACCAGGCAGGUCCAGACCUCCGAUGACAACCCGUCGGAGUUCGUCAUCAGCUACUUCGGCCACCACACCUGCCGGGACCCCUCCACGAUGCCGCUCGUCAUCCACGACGACACCGCUCCGCCGGAUAGCGCAAACCUCAUCAGCUUCGGAUCCACCGCCGCCAUGGGCGCAUCCACGAGCACACACAAUAUUACUGUUCCUCCUCCCCACGCCUUUGAUCCGACGACGAUGCUGGUCUCUCGCUUCGUCUACCGCUACAGCUCAUCUCUGCCGGCGCAGGACCACCGCUGCGGCAGCGAGGAGGUGCAUAGCAGCAGCUCGCCGGCCGGGGAUCUGACCGCCGUGGUGGGAUCAGCGGGGAUGGCCUCGUCGGCCACCGUGGGCUCGGCACCGGCGGAGUACAUGGCUUGUGGCGCUGGCGGCACGGGCAGCUUCCCGUCGUCUCCUAGCAGUCUCGGAUUCAUGACAGGCUCGUUUGGUUCCUUUGGGAACGCCGGGGAUGACGACCUCUUUGGCUUUGAUCCCUGACAAAGGCUGAUGCAUGCAUGCAUGCGUCGAUCUCUAUGCAUGGCUAAUGAUGACACGUUUGCAGUUUGCAUGCAUGCACUAGUGGCACUACAAGUAGUAGUAACCAUGAAUAGAUUGAUGGCGAGAUAUCCUCAUGGAUGUGUAAUGGUUAAUACAAUAAAGGCUAGCUCUAGUUCAUCUGAACAGUAGUGUUUUUGUGUAAAACAUAUGUAUAUUUGCUGGAUCAAGGCCAGUCCACAUGUAUGUGAAAAGUAUGGAUUGUAUUGUAGUGCCUUGUGCAUUGUAAGAUUAUAUACGAAGUUGAAAAGUAAUGGAUUUAUGCUAUA